AUGGUGGUGUGGGCCUUAUGGAAUCGUAGGAACAAUUUGAGGCUGGGAAAAAAGGCUGAACCGUUGAAUAUUUUGAUGCAGAAGGCAAAGCCGCAUCUGGGGGAUUUCCAGCAUUACAACACAGCACGGGUUGAACCUGUGGGACGUCCACCAACAAGCUGGCAGCCUCCGGGUCCUUUCCAGUACAAGGUCAACAUGGACGGAGCUCUCUUUGAGGCAGAUAAUACAGCCGGUCCGAGGGUGGUUAUUAGGAAUGAGCAUGGACAGGUCAUGGCUUCACUAUCUGAACGCAUCCGGUUGCCCUCUUCGGUGUUAGAAGUUGAAGCGUUGGCAGCAAGAAGAGGUUUGGAACUAGUUGUUGAAACAGGCUUCAGAAACAUAGUUCUGGAGAGCGACUCUCAGAUCCUUAUCACAACACUCCGGGAAGGCUCUUAUUCAUUAUCUAGCUUUGGUCAUAUAGUUCAGGAUAUCAAGUUUAUUGCCUCAUAUGUGUCAUCGAUAAAUUAUACUCAUGUUAGAAGGCAAUGUAAUGCUCUAGCUCACUCUCUAGCAAGGCGAGCUAAGUUAGCCUCUUAA